AUGAAUCGUACAACACGCGAUGUGCAAGUGGAUGCGCAUCCACGGGUUGUGAGUAAAUAUGUGGCUUGUCGACCGAAUGCUCGGCAUAAAAUGACCGAUAUUGCGAAGGGCGAUCUGUUCGAUGAGGCUGAAGAAAGGCUGAAACUAUGUCAGGGUGAACUGACCACAACUCGACGUCAAGUUGAAGUAUUGCAACAAAAACUCAUCGAUUAUGCUCAAUCAUCAGACGCGAAUGGUAAUUCCAAAGUACCAACCUUUUCUCCCGUCCUUCUACGUACAUCGCGUGAAAUUCAAGCAACUGACAAUGAUUUACAAUCGAUUGAAGCGAAAAAAGCCGUUGAAAAACUGAACGAGAAAAUUGAUGAACUUGAGAAGAGGAAUAUCGACCUAGCUGCUAGGAUGCGAGAAGCAGAGGAUGAUAAACAGAAAAUGAUCAAAAUGCAACGGCAGCAAAUAUCACAACUCGUAGCUGAGUUCGAUAAUGUUCGUAAGGAACUCGAUCAGGAAAUGAAUAAGUACGAAAGUGAACGACGUAAACUGAAGAACCGAAUUGAGUUGUUGGAAAAAGUAAAGCUCGAUCGCGAUCGGCUGAUUGAACGAUUCAGACGUCUUGAAACGACAAGCGGUGAUAUCAACACAAAUUUGUUAACAACAAAAGUGAGCAUUAAAGUGCCGGAUGCCGAACAACAACAAAGAAAUGCAGAUGAUUCGAACAAUUCGUCUGAAAAAGAGCAGAGUUCAGCAAUGAAAAGGUGUCUCUCAGUGCCACAUAUGUACAAUGCAGCCAUGACACUCAGUGAUGAGUUGAACACGGUUCGUGCCGAUCUUGAGCAUAUUCUUGUUCAAAUAGAUAAUGCAGCUAGUGGUCAUGAACGAGAAAAACCACAGUCAGCCGAUGAGAUCGACAGCAAUUGCUCGACCACGGCCGAAAGUGCGCGGUCAUCCGAAAGUCGUGAUAUGGAACCGUUGCGGCGAGCUCUAAAACGAUCUCAAGCUGAGCGUGAAGCACUGAAGGAGCAACUUGAUCGUGUUACCUUCCAGCUGCAGGAUGCUUGUCGAGAACUUGAUCUCUACAAGCACGAACCCCGUGCAGAGGUCAUCAAGCAAGCGCUGAACCCUCGUAGACCACGCAGCAGAAGUUUCGUCGAAAUCGGUCGUGCCACUGUCGAUCUCGAAGANCAUCUGAGAUGGAAGGAGAAGGCUGGAACGAUGUUCCGUGAACUGAAUCGCGUACGUAAAGAGUACUAUGUGUGCGAUAGCGAACGUCGCGAACUGCGUUUACAACUGGUCAUGAUGCGUGGUGAACUUGGACUAGCGCAGUGCCAAUUAGCUGAAUUGUCCACCCGUCCUAGACGUGACUCGAACCAUACCAAUGCCAACGUCUCGCAAGCAGUUGCUUUUUCACCAAGUCCCGAACCAAAAUCACCGAAACGAAGUGUGGGCGAGAGAACGACGGUUACUGAUGGAAGUAGUAAACAACGUUCACGAUUCCCUUCAUCUGGAACGUACGCAACGGCGCAUACCUCAUUUGCGUCGUUAUAUGAAACUGCUGCAAUCAGUGAACCUGACCUAUCAAUAUGUAAGCAAUCGCGACAUGACGAACAUCCUUUCAAGUCAAAAUCACGUACGAACAGAAGAUCGAUCUCAAGAGACCAUGAAAGACGCAGAGCUGCUGAUGAGCAUGAUGAAAUUGUGAAAGAGGCCGCGAAAGUGCAAUUGGCCCUUCUCAAACAACAAAAUAAAUCUCUUCGAGCUGAGCUCAGUAAACCUCACUCAUCCUAUCCGUCUCGAGAACAUCAACUUGAAGUCAACGACUUAACCGAGGCAAAUAAAUCGUUGCAUAAAGAAAUUGGAGCGUUGCGCUCGGAGCUGGAAUGCUUGCGGACAGCUGCUGAUGCACGAUUGACGACGUAUGAACAACGGGAUGAGGACAGAAAGGUGGAAAUCGCACAUUUGAUGAGACAAGUCGACGAGCUGACUUAUGAUAAAGGAAAGCAUCGAGAAGAAGAGACAGUCCGUCGCAAAGCAUUUGAUGCAAGAAUUUCGAUGUUGAAUCGUGAAAAUGAGUUACUGAUGAAGAAGAUGGACGAUAUGGAGAAGGAACGACAGGACAUGUACUUGGUCAUGUUCAAAAAAGGACAACAAGCUGCACAACACGAUACCAAAGAAGUUAGAGCAAUUGAUGAAAUGACAGAAGAUAGAAUCGUGUUGAGGUUUUUACAUGAUGCAUUCUAUUAUUUUAUGGUGAAUAAAGGCGAUUCAAGGGAGCAUUUGCAGGCGAUAAUGACAAUGUUAAACUUCACAACAGAGCAGAAAGAGGACGUUCAACGAAGACGUGGUGCAUCGCAUUGA